AUGUCUUUCAACACACUCUUUUUCAAGCACCUCUUGGUAGGUGCAGCCCUCCUCCCAGGCCUCGCAUUGUCCUCUCCCGUCGGCAGCGUCGAUGCUCGAGGCGUCAAAGUCAUUUCAGCGCCCUUGGAAAACGUGACGCCAACCAUCAUCGACCACGGCCCUCUUGAUCUCGAGGGCCUUGAGCGCCUCAAGGACUCCCUCACAAAGUCUAUCCGCCCCACGCCGACCCCGGAGGCGAACAGAAUCAAGCGCCAGGACGUAGCGUCGAGCACUGUUAACUCUUUGACGAUCGCCACCAGCGAUGCCUUCGUUUCGGUCGAUAUCGGCGAUAUCAACCUCGUUGAUAGCAACUCUGCCAACUGCCACUCUGAGGAACUCAACGGGCCGUUUGAUUCUAUUCAGUUCUUCACUGGAACUACCAAUAUGCGCGCCAUCAACGCUACGAGCAGCAGUGGAAACACAAGUUCAAUCGCCAGCAAACUCGAAGGCUGGUUCGAUGCAGGCGUCUUCAAGUUCGAGAACGGCGACCGUAUCAAGGAAUUUUGGGUUCUCGAGAACCGCGGCGCCUUCAACGGCUUCAACUUCACAACUACUAGCGGAAAGACAUACUCUGCCAUGGGCCAGGUCCUCCGCGACCCUAUCCCGAUGCAAAAGGUCCCCGUUGGAUCCGGCAUCCUGGGCCGUAUGCGCGUGCAGUACUGCAACAUUGGUCUGAUCGGCCACGUCGGCUUUGACUUCCUCGACGAGCUUCAGUCCGUCUCCGUCAGCAACAUUGCUUACUCUGGCUUCACGGACAACAUCAUGCCUUCCGGCCCCGGACAGACCAUGACUGUCGGAUCCCAGAUUGUUGAUAACCGUAACUCCACCGCUGAGCAAAUCAUCACGAUCAUGACGAUGGAUGCCGUCACCAAGUCGCACACUCUGAGCGUUGCAAACCAGUGGAACGUGGGUGGCCGCGUUGCCGUCGAGGCUGAGGCUGGCAUCCCGCUCAUCGGAAAAUCCAAGGUAACAACAGAGUUCUCCUGGCAGGUGCAGAAGACCACCACUGAGGAAGACACUGAGGGAGAGACCCUGACCAAGUCUGCCACCAUCAACCUCAAGUGCCCGCCCAAGAAGUACUGCGUCGGCUCCUCCUUCUUCACAAUCUUCAAGAUGAACGUCGAGGCCGAGGCCACAUUCCGCGCGAAGACCAAGUCGGGCAAGGACUUCUUCUGGAAGCAGAAGGGCAAGUACGAAGGUGCCGACUCCCUCGCCCUGCAGCUUCAGGUUGAUGAGGCAGACGGCAUCAUCGGAAGGCGCGCUCCUAUUGUCAAGAACUUCUGA